AUGGAAUUUAUAUCCAAUUCAACCUAUGCAUUCCCUAGCUCAUCUCCUUUGGAGAUAGCUGUUCAUGCGGGAAGUCUUUUCGAAGUCAGCUCGACUUCUAUUUGGACCGUUUCAGCAGUUGCAAUUGUAUCUCUUCUUGCUUGGUUGCGCACUCCGUGGAAUGAUGGUCAGGGUCACAGUAUUCCUAAAGGCCCAAGGGGGCUUCCGAUCAUUGGUUCUUUCUAUGCCUUGACGAGAUUCCCUGAGCUGACUCUCGACUUUUGGGCCAAGAAGUUUGGUAAAUUGUAUUCAAUUUGGCUUGGAAACCAGCUCUUCGUCAUUGUGUCAGAUCCCAAUGUUGCAAAGGAUCUCAUGGUCACCAACGGCAAUGUGUUCUCGUCCCGCAAGGAGAUGUAUAUCAAGAGUCAGACUGUUUUCGCUGGCAGAGGUAUUACUGCUACUCCAUACAAUGAUCGAUGGCGCAAGCACCGCCGCAUUGCGGUUACAUGGUUGAGCCAGCGUGCGGUGGACUCAUACUCCCCCACUUUGGACCGCGAGUCUCUCUCUUUGGUCAAAGCAUUGUUCGAGGAAAGCAAAGGCGGGUUGGUGCCUGUCAACCCUCAAGUAUGUCAAACUGUUCUCUCGCAAAUUCCGAUUCUGACCCUUGCAGCCCCACGCAGGUCGUUGCUCUCUGAACAACAUGACUACCAUCACUUUUGGCUUCCGUACAGACAGCAUCGACCACCCUCUUGUUGCUCAGGCUUUGAAGCUCAGUCGAACUGCACCGGUCCCAUGUCAAACCUGGUUGACUUCGUCUCCCUUCUGCAAUACAUCCCAACACCUAUGCACCAGCGUGGCAAGAAGCUUCACAAGGGCCUAGUUGAUACAUACGGCGGUAUCAUCAAAGACAUUGAACAGAAGAUGAAGUCUGGAGGCCAAGUCACCGACUGUCUUUCCAAAACUAUGGUUGAAGUGCGCAAAAAGGAGAAUCUGGACGACUUGGACAUGGCAAUCCUGGCAUCUGCCUUCAUGAUUGGUGGUGUUGAAACGACUGCAGCUAUCAUGCAAUGGUUUUCGGCACUCAUCCCUGCGUAUCCUGAAAUCCAGAAAAAGGCACAGGAAGAGCUUGACCGUGUUGUUGGAAGGGACCGUCUUCCUGAUGUCGAUGACGAGAAGAAUCUGCCCUAUUGCCACGCCAUUAUCAAGGAGGUAGAGCGUGUUCACAACCCGUUCUGGUUGGGUACACCUCAUGUUGCCACAGAGGACUUUGUGUAUGAAGGUCAAUAUAUUCCCAAAGACACAGUGGUCGUCCUCAACACAUGGACCAUGCACAAUGACUCUACCCGCCACUCCAAUCCUGAGAAAUUCAACCCUGAUCGCUAUAUCAAUGACCCCUUGACCUCUGCCGACAGCGCCAAUGUUGCCAAUCCCAUGGAGCGUGAUCACUGGAUGUUCGGUGCCGGUCGUCGCAUUUGCCCUGGUAUGCUCGUUGCAGAGCGUGAAAUAUGGCUGACCAUCUCCCGGAUGCUUUGGGCAUUCGACAUGUACGAGAUUCCAGGUGAACCUAUCGAUCUGAAGGAGUAUGAUGGUCUCUCGGGGCGCUCUCCAGUUCCGUUCCGUAUUGGAUUGAAGCCUCGCCAUGAGAACGUUGCCAAGCUUCUUGAGGAAGUGGAGAUCUGA